UUCCCCUGCCCAGCAGCCUCACAUGCCAUUAACUUUGCCACCCCGGCCGGCCGUUCGUCCGCUAUUAAAAUCCUGCCCACUCCGCUGCAGCAGAGCAGUCCAUCCAGCAGCGUCCGUCGAUCGAACCGGCGCACAGCACCAACAAACUAAACCGCCACCCAUCAAUACUGCUCCAAGCCUCCCUUCGUUCCAUUCCAAUGGCGUCGGCGGCGAAGGCAAUGGCGGUGGUGGCCGCAACGGUGCUGCUCCUCUCGACGGCCGCCAUGGCCCAGCACAACUACGCCGACGCGCUCCACAAGAGCAUCCUCUUCUUCGAGGGCCAGCGCUCCGGCCGCCUCCCGCCCGACCAGCGCGUCCGCUGGCGCCGCGACUCCGCCCUCAACGACGGCGCCACAGCCGGGGUGGACCUGACGGGAGGGUACUACGACGCGGGGGACAACGUCAAGUUCGGGUUCCCGAUGGCGUUCACGGCGACGCUCAUGUCGUGGGGGCUGAUCGACUUCGGGCGCAGCUUCGGGUCGCACGAGGGGGAGGCCAGGAAGGCGGUGCGGUGGGCGACGGACUACCUGAUGAAGGCCACGGCCACGCCCAACACGGUGUACGUGCAGGUCGGGGACGCGUUCAGGGACCACUCGUGCUGGGAGCGGCCCGAGGACAUGGACACGCCCCGGACCGUCUAUAAGGUCGACCCGGCCCACCCGGGCUCCGACGUCGCCGCCGAGACCGCCGCCGCGCUCGCCGCCGGAUCCAUCGUCUUCCGCGAGGCCGACCCGGCAUCCUCCAAGCGCCUCCUCGACCGCGCCGUCUCCGUGUUCGCGUUUGCGGAUAAGUACAGAGGGGCCUACAGCAGCAGCCUCCACGCGGCCGUGUGCCCCUGCUACUGCGACUACGACGGGUACCAGGACGAGCUGCUGUGGGGCGCGGCGUGGCUGCACAAGGCUUCGCGCCAGCGGGUGUACCGCGACUACAUCAAGAAGAACGAGGUGGCGCUCGGCGCCAGCGAGAGCAUCAACGAGUUCGGCUGGGACAACAAACACGCCGGCAUCAACGUCCUCAUCUCCAAGGAGGUCUUGAUGGGUAAGGAUCAGUUUUUCCAGUCCUUCCGCGUGAACGCCGACAACUUCAUCUGCACCCUCCUUCCCGGCAUCUCCAACCAUCCCCAGAUCCAGUACUCUCCAGGUGGCCUCCUGUUCAAGGUGGGCAACAGCAACAUGCAGCACGUGACGUCGCUGUCCUUCCUCCUGCUCGCCUACUCCAACUAUUUGAGCCACGCCAACGCGCGGGUUGCGUGCGGCGGCGCCUCCUCCGCCUCCCCCGUCCAGCUCCGCCGCGUCGCCAAGCGCCAGGUGGACUACAUCCUGGGCGACAACCCGCUGCGGAUGUCGUACAUGGUGGGGUACGGGGCCCGGUUCCCGAGGCGCAUCCACCACCGCGGGAGCUCGCUGCCGUCGGUGUCGGCCCACCCGGCCCGGAUCGGCUGCAAGGCCGGCGCGGCCUACUACGGAAGCAGCGCGCCCAACCCCAACCUCCUCGUGGGCGCCGUGGUGGGCGGGCCCAGCAACACCAGCGACAACUUCCCCGACGCGCGGGCCGUCUUCCAGCAGUCCGAGCCCACCACCUACAUCAACGCGCCGCUGCUCGGCCUGCUCGCCUACUUCUCCGUCCACCCCAGUAUUUGAGCCGGAGCGAAGCCUGGUAGUUGCUAGGCCUUCUUUUGUAUGGGCCGCAACGGGCUGAUUCGUCGUCCUCUUGCCUUUUCUGCUGAAGUAUUUCUGUAUUCAUGUCAUGUGUAACGCAUGUCAGAUGCCGACCCUUUCCUGUAAAAAAUGGCAGGAAAAGGAUCGGUCCGACGGUACCAAAUGUUCUACUGCUACUAAUAUGUCAUCCUAGAUUUAGCACGCUUGAUGCGUUUCAUCCA